CUCCUUCGCGGCCAACCCAUUGUUAGCACGCAGCUAAAAGCGUGCCUUGCAUCCAAAGCCCAUCGUGAUUUUUACUGGAAUGACAAAUACAAUCCUGGCGAAGAGCAAUUUGAAAAGAUCCUCAUAGCGAACAGAGGUGAAAUCGCAUGCCGUGUGAUGAAAACAUGCAAGCGCAUGGGCAUCAAAACUGUUGCAAUCCACAGCGAGGCUGAUGCUUCCUCCCGAUUUGUACAAAUGGCUGAUGAGGCCGUCUGUGUGGGUCCCGCACCGACCUCGAAGUCCUACCUGAACAUGGAAAAAAUUCUGAGCGUCGUCAAGGAGACCGGAGCUCAAGCUGUGCACCCGGGUUAUGGUUUCCUCUCUGAGAACACCAUCUUCGCCAAGAGGCUGGAAGAAAUGGGCGUCGUCUUCUUGGGUCCCAACUCCAAGGCCAUCCGCGCCAUGGGUGACAAGAUCCAGAGCAAGCGUAUUGGUACUCAGGCCAAAAUUAACAUUAUCCCCGGUUUCGACGGUGAAGUUGACGCCGACCAAGCCGUCAAGAUCGCCAAUGAUAUAGGUAAGUCCUACGUCGUCGUCUUUUUUAAAGUUGUUUUUGCUUCCCAUGCCAUCAGUGGUGCUUUUGGUGAUAAGCUAUAA